AUGUGUCCUGUGUGGCUAUUGGUCGUGGCAGUGGUGGGCGUGGCCAGGGGAGCUGCCAGCCAGUGCUGGGAGCAUCCCGUCUGUCAAGAGCCAAAGUCUGAGAGCAGCGUGCUGGAGUGUAUCCAUCUGUGUCGCUCUGACCUCACUGUUGAGACGCCCGCAUUCCCAGGCGACGCCCACCUCCAGCCCCUCUCCCUCUCCUCCUCCUCUCUCCUACCCCCCGCCGACCCCCAUGCCUCUAGCCAGGACAAGCGCUCCUACUCCAUGGAGCACUUCCGCUGGGGGAAGCCACGCCGCACCAAACGCUACGGCGGCUUGAGGAAGAGCUGGGACGAGAAGAACCGGAAAACCCUGAUGACUUUGUUCAAGGCCGUCUUCAACAAGAACAUACAGCAGAUGAUAAGAGAGAGGGAGGAGCCACUGGUCACAGAAAACCAGACAGAUUACCUGCAUCUCCAGGGCCUUGACGUGAUGCCUGUGGUUCCUCAGCUUCUCCUGGAGGCCAGAGAUGACAGAAAAAUGUGUCCUAUGUGGCUAUUGGUCGUGGCAGUGGUGGGCGUGGCCAGGGGAGCUGCCAGCCAGUGCUGGGAGCAUCCCGUCUGUCAAGAGCCAAAGUCUGAGAGCAGCGUGCUGGAGUGUAUCCAUCUGUGUCGCUCUGACCUCACUGUUGAGAUGCCCGUAUUCCCAGGCGACGCCCACCUCCAGCCCCUCUCCCCCUCCUCCUCCUCUCUCCUGCCCCCCGCCGACCCGCAUGCCUCUAGCCAGGACAAGCGCUCCUACUCCAUGGAGCACUUCUGCUGGAGCAAGCCGCGCCGCACCAAACGCUACGGCGGCUUCAUGAAGAGGUGGGACGAGAAGAACCGGAAAACCCUGAUGACUCUGUUCAAGGCCGUCUUCAACAAGGACAGACAGCAGAUGAUAAGAGAGAGGGAGAGAGGAGGAUCCAUGGAGGAGGAGAGAGAAUGA